CCUGUAUAGUUAGUUCUUCCUCUGACGCCUUUACGAUCGGUUCGCAUUUCAGGAAACGGUUCUAACCGGCAAAACCGACCAAACAAAAAUUCAAAAUGGUUUCCCACCAAACGUUUAUAGUGCUCGCCUACAUUUUCUGCGCCCUGGGCAUUAUCGGAGCACUCAACACCAUCGCUACAGCGUCCAUUGGAAGCCACCAUGCCGGCCAAAAUGAUGGCGCUAACAGAGUGUCAUCCGUGGUGAAUGGCUUGGCGGCCCUAGUUUUUGCGGGAGUUCUGCUUUUUGGACUGAUUAAGCGUCGGGCAGAGUACAUUCGAGCCUACAUCCUGUACAUGAAGAUUCACUUCGGCAUCUUGGUCGUACUGAUCAUCAUCCUCAACGUGAUUGUAGUGAUUUUCGCGGCCUCUGCCGGUGGUCAAGAUGAACACAACAAAGAUGCAGCACUUGGCGCUAUUGGCAUUGUGCUUCUGAUAACCGGAAUCAUCCUGUUGGUUAUCACAGCCUUCUUCUUCUUCUUCCUGUGGAUCGUCAAAGGUGCCCUGAGAGCCGUUGAAAGUGAAAAUUCCAACAGACGGUACGAGGCGGCCUCUACUGGCAAGGGCAACAUCUAACUUUCUACUACUACCACCUACACACCACAAGUGGGUGUCUGGAGGCCAAAACGUCAGCCAGUUUAUUGUAUCUUUCCAAAAACAUUGCCUAUAGUUCGUCGAACGUCUGAAAAGCUUUUUGUGUACCUACAAUGUUUAACACUGCCUUCGUAUUGAUGUACUGAAUGGAACAAUAGAACGAAAUGCCAAGAUAUACACCGAAUUUGAUGGUGUAUAGUAAACAGCUUUUCCACCGAUUUUACGGGCCUUAGAUCAGAGAGCGUACCUACUAUACAACGGUUCUUAAUUUAAUGUAUACUUCAUUCAUCUAAUGCGGGUGCAUACUAUACACCUUCAAAUAGGGCCUACAUGCAUACUUAUAAUGAAUUGAUUUCAUUUGCACUACGCGAUACUUAAAGAGUAAAACCACGUCAAACGUUUUAUAAAUGUCUACAGAGAUUAAUAAAGAUAAGAAACUUU